CAUAGUGCAGAUUUAUGUGAUUAUGCUCACAUCAAUCUGCGUCCUCUACAGCUAACCUCCGUGAAACAGUUUCUUGCAACCGAGUACGCUCACUUGGAAGAAUUUGUGCCACAAAGGAUAGACGUUUUGGACACCUGACCAAAAGCCCCAGCAGGAGACAGGAUGGCCACAUUUGUUGAAUAGCCGCAAUUUAGUGGAUACAGGUCGAACGAUUCCUCCUUCAAGACCUCCCGACCUCUUCUCGGAUAUGUGGGGAGUCGUGUCCGAAGCAGACGAGUCACAACAGUUACUUGUGAUGGAAGUGAGGUGAUGGCUGUCCCAAGCGGCUACUUAUGCUGCUGCUGAGCGUCGUUCAUUUCCAGAAUUGGGUGUUGCAGAACACCCCGUCUCGAGUGCUCGCUCCUGGAUCUGUAUAGAUUCGAGUGCCUCAUGAAGCAGAAUAACCCAUCUCCAGUGCUCGUUCCUGGAUCUGUGUAGAAUCGAGUACCUCAUGAAGCAGAAUACCCCAUCUCGAGUGCUCGUUCCCGGAUCUGUAUAGAAUCGACCCACUUCAUAAAACGGUUGCUAUGGAAGGUCGCAUGUAUGUUCUUGCGAGUUUUUCCCAUCAUGCGACAGCAUAGAGUUGAUUUGGAAAGGACUAGGUCAAGCUCUGCCUGACAGGCAUUGCGUUUGGUCUCGCUAAAAUACUUGUGGAAUCUUCGUUCAAUACUCUAGAAAAUACCAAUUGUUGCUCUGUGAAACAAAUUCUUCUUCAUGAGCUUUGACGACCAAUCGGGCCCGAGGAAGCAUCUUCCGUCACCGACCGAUCAUCGUCGAGUGUUGUUCGUCCGAAGCUCCGGGAUUCGUUGCGGACAAGAAGAGCCCCAAGUUCAUUCACCUGAUGCAGAAUGGCUCCGACUUCCCAUUAGCCGUAAGGGUUUUGAUUUAGGUUGACCACACUCUGUAAAGCUUCGCUCUCACACGGAAGAAGAUCACCAAGAUGAUGGAUACUCCGAAACUGUUGCUGCUGGUGCUCAUAGGAGCUGGAUGGUGCGGGGUCCUUGUAACAUGUGAAUUCACAUUCGGUACAGACGCAUCUCCUUUUCUCUGCAACGAAGAGGACAGCUUGUGGUGUGCGGGCGACGCGAACGUCGGUUCCAACGGAGUUUUGAACUUUACGCCAGAUGACAAGAUGAAGCCUCAAGAAUACGUCCAAACGGCGGGUAUGGCUCUCGUCUCGUCUCCUAUCGACAUGCGAGGGAAGUCCUUCCGCACACACUUCACUUUCAGAAUCGAGCGCAUGUACCCGCUUGGACCUGGAGACGGCUUGGCCUUUGUGAUGCUCGGUAGUAAGGUAAAAGGCUGUGCAGGUCGGAAUUUCGGCGCCUACGACUGUUCCGGGUGGCAGAUCGUCCAGAUGGUCGCCGUCGAGUUUGAUACAUAUCAAAAUAUCGAUAUUGGGGACAUAAAUGCAAAUCACGUGGGCGUGGACUUUCAGUCUAUCAGGUCGAAGAUCUCCAGAGAUGCUUCUGAAGGUGGCAUUUCACUUGCCGGAGGUGAAGUCAUUCACGCCUGGAUCGACUACAGUGCAGUUUACGGGCAGCUGGAAGUUAGGAUUAGGCUUGACGGAAGAAAACCCAGGGACCCAUUCCUCAGCUACUCGGUAGCACUUUCUGACAUCUUCAGUGGGCCGGUGUACGUAGGCUUCGCGGGAUCCAAUGGAGUCUACUAUUGUCAGAGUUUUUACUCCAUCUUGUACUGGACCUUCCGGACUUUCUGGGAAUUUCCACCGUUGAAUUUACUUCGAGCAAUCAUCAGUCUUGUGGUGCUUUUUGUAUUCGUCAUUUUUAACAAAGUACCAAGAGAGAACCCACUCUCUGACCGGCUUCCACCUGAAGACAGUCCAGCAGUCUCACCUCGUGAAUUCAGUUUCAGAAAGCUGAAGUUUGAUACCCAUGGUUUCAUCCACUGGAUCCGAAUCAACAAAUCCGUGUCGAUCUAUAAAGGUACGCUUCGGAUGAGGAUUGGACCAUUAUGGUCUUCGUCGUUCGGAUAGAAGAAGUUCGAUGUGGCCGUGACGGCAUGGAAGACC